AGGGUUUCGUGGAAGGACGUUAUUUAGUGUUAACAGUAAACUUUCCACGGUCUUUAGUUUGAUAUGUAAACGGUGACUAUUAAUUGUUUUAAAUAUUUUUACUACAGUAUCAAUUGAUUUGACAUGUUUGUACUUAAAUGUCGCUAAUAUUUACGUAUUAUUAUGGACGACACCAAGCAAAGGGAGCUCAGUCAUGAAACCGAGGGCAUAGACUGGGGUGGGCAGGUUUCUCGACAAACUCGAUUGAUGGUCCACAAGAACUCCUGGAGUGAUGCAUUAGUAAAGAAUGCCCAUGACGGACUGAAUCUGCCAUCACCAGACUGUGACAGAUGCUCAGUGAUAACAGGAGAGUGUCUCUAUUACCAUUAUGGUUGUGAUGGAAAGGACGACAGAGGUUGGGGCUGUGGAUACAGAACCCUUCAGACCAUAGCUUCGUGGCUGUGUCUACAGUCUAUCAGUGUGAGCCCCAGACACCCACCUAAUCUUUCUGAAAUACAACACAUUUUGGUACAAAUAGGGGACAAACCUAAUUCAUUCCUGGGUUCCAGAGAGUGGAUAGGCACGGUUGAGGCAGGACUUGUUCUUGACCAGCUUUACGAUGUUCCCUGCCGCAUAGUUCACGUGCGGCACGGUAAGGAGCUUGUGCAAGCUGUAGAGGAUCUUCAUAACCACUUCUGUACUCAUGGGUCACCUGUUAUGAUGGGAGGAGACCGGGACAAUUCCUCUAAAGGUAUCUUAGGUGUGUGCACAGGAACAAAGGGGAGCUAUCUGCUUGUUAUGGACCCUCAUUACUUUGGCUGUCCCUUAGAUAAAAACUCGUUGCAAAAGCAUGGUUGGGUUUCAUGGAAACCAGUUGGUUCCCUGGAUCAGUGCUCUUUCUACAAUCUUUGUCUGCCUCGUACUCUUAGGAAGUGAAAGUGUUAACAAUAAUAAUGUGAGUGUUAACAAUCAGAAUUUUUUACAAAGUCACAUUGCGAAUGGCUACAUUUGCUUCUUGACACUGUAUAAUGUUGUUCUUUCUUUCUUUACAUGUAAACUCAUGAUGAAGUACGUUUGUUUGCUCUUCUGCCUGUUAAUCCAGUCAUACAUAAACAAGUUAAAUAAAUUUACUUGCAUGCACGCACGCACGCACGCACGCACGCACGCACGCACGCACGCACGCACACACACACACACACACACGUCUGGUUUACUAUCUCCGUGGGGACAGUCCAUAGGCGUAAUGUUUUUUAUACUGUACAAACUGUAUAUUCUAUCCCCUAUCCCUAACCCUACCUAAAGAUCAUAGAAUACUUUUUGCAUUUUUAGAUUAAAAAAAAAUAUUGUUCUGUACAAUUUAUUUGCUUUUUUGCCCAUGGGGACACGAGUCCCCAUGUGUUGGUGUGCAUUCAGGUUUAGGUCCCCACCGGGAUAUACAAACAUGAACACACACACACACAACUAUUGUUUCCUUGCCUAGUAAUUAAAGAAAGUAAGAAAAAAAAUCAUUUGAAUAUUAAACUACGACAAUAUAAAUUAAUAAAUGAAGCAUGUGUGACUCAGCAGAAGACACCUCUUU